AUGAUGGCGGAGGACAGCGAGUCCGCGGCCAGCCAGCAGAGCCUGGAGCUGGACGACCAGGACACCUGCGGCAUCGACGGAGACAACGAGGAGGAAAACGAGCACAUGCAGGGGAGUCCUGGGGGUGAUCUUGGUGCAAAGAAGAAAAAGAAGAAACAGAAGAGAAAGAAGGAGAAACCAAGCUCAGGCGGAACCAAGUCCGACUCUGCCUCUGAUUCUCAGGAGAUAAAGAACCCUGCCAUUCCAAUGCAGAAACUGCAGGACAUUCAGAGAGCUAUGGAGCUCCUGUCCACCUGUCAAGGCCCAGCCAAAAACAUAGAUGAGGCCACAAAGCACAAGUACCAGUUCUGGGACACUCAACCCGUGCCCAAACUCAAUGAGGUGGUGACAACUCAUGGGCCAAUUGAGCCAGAUAAAGAAAAUAUCAGACAAGAGCCAUAUUCCCUUCCACAGGGCUUUAUGUGGGACACACUGGACCUUAGCAAUGCUGAAGUGCUGAAGGAGUUAUACACCUUGCUGAAUGAAAAUUAUGUUGAGGAUGAUGACAACAUGUUUAGAUUUGACUAUUCUCCUAACUUUCUGAAAUGGGCGUUACGUCCCCCGGGUUGGCUGUCCCAGUGGCACUGUGGUGUCAGGGUCUCGUCCAAUAAGAAGCUGGUUGGGUUCAUCAGUGCCAUUCCUGCUGACAUCCACAUCUAUGAAACGUUGAAGACGAUGGUGGAAAUAAACUUCCUGUGUGUGCAUAAAAAAUUGCGCUCAAAGCGUGUCGCCCCUGUAUUAAUCCGAGAGAUCACGCGGCGGGUCAAUUUAGAGGGAAUUUUCCAGGCUGUAUACACUGCUGGUGUAGUCCUGCCCAAACCUGUGUCUACAUGCAGAUACUGGCAUCGCUCACUAAACCCCAGGAAGCUUGUGGAGGUUAAGUUCUCCCAUCUCAGCCGAAAUAUGACACUACAACGGACAAUGAAGCUGUACAGAUUACCUGAUAGCACUCGUACUCCUGGUUUGAGGCUGAUGAGAGAUGGGGAUGUGAAGCAGGUGACAGCUUUGCUGCAGAAACACCUGAGCCGGUUUCAUCUGCGGCCUGUCAUGGGGGAAGAGGAGGUGAAGCACUGGUUCCUACCACAGGAGAACAUCAUUGACACUUAUGUAGUCGAGGGCUCUGGUGGGAUUCUAACGGACUUCAUCAGUUUCUACACCUUGCCAUCCACAGUGAUGCAUCAUCCACUGCACAAAAGCCUGAAGGCUGCUUAUUCCUUUUACAAUGUUCACACAGAGACACCACUCAUAGAUCUGAUGAAUGAUGCUCUCAUCCUAGCCAAACAGAAAGGUUUUGAUGUUUUUAAUGCGCUGGAUCUAAUGGACAAUAAGAAUUUCUUGGAAAAGCUCAAGUUUGGGAUUGGUGAUGGUAACCUGCAGUAUUACAUGUACAACUGGAAAUGCCCUCCCAUGGACCCAGAGAAAGUUGGCCUUGUAUUACAGUAACUGGCUACUUCGUGUUGGAUGCAGACCGAUCGAGAGGUCCAUCUCAAAUUCUCUGACCUGGACGUAGUCAAUAUAAAGAGGAAUAACUGACAUCCAUUCAAAGUGAAUGAGUUAUGUUGUGCAGCUCUCUUGGGUCUUGUUCCAGUUAUUGAGGGGAUUCCCCUCCUUUCUCUUUGUCUUUGACUCUCUCUCUCUGAGAAUGUGAGAAACAUUUAUCAAGGUCAAACACAUCCAUAAGCUGUAUACACAUACAUAAAUGCAUACAAACACAAACACACACACACAGUGUUCGUUUAUUUUCCUUAACAUGCAGUCUGUAUCCUCAACAAGUUUAAUCCUAUUGUUUUUGUUCGUUUGUUUUGUAUUAUGAAGGAGUGUUGAUACAUUUGUGUGAAUUAGCAAGCUGUACAUUUAAUGCCAGAUAUUUAUUACGUGUUGUGAGGUUUACAACGGAACAGGAACCAGGGGGUCAAAAUCCAAAGUCUUUUCUAUGGAGCUGCCUUUAAAGUCAUAUUCCGUUUGGAGUUCCUGCUGUCUGUGCGAGGGGAGGGAAGAGGGAGUGUAAAUGGUUAACCGUGUGUAAGAAUGUAUUGCAUUUUGAAGCACAACAUCAACUUUAUAAAAGGGCCAGAUUGCUCUGAGGUGCAUUUUUAAGAAUAAUAUGUUUGUUUAGGUUUUGUGUGUCCAGAAGAAACAGUUAUAAUUUUGAAUGUGAAUUCAUUUUUGUUUUGUGAAGAUGUGAUUGUCACACCUUAAGUAGCUUCCAUGUCCCACCAAUUUCUGUUCUUUACCAUUUAGUGUUUUUAAGUUAUGAUUUUAGUAAAGCAAUUCUGAUAUUUAGAAUUGUGUUUAAGUUA